AUGAAUAAUUCGGAGGACAGCGGAAGCAAGUGCUCGCCUGCCCCCAUUUCAAGCUUCACGAUCCAGUCCAUUCUGGGCACCUCCAAUGAGGGAGUCCGGUCGGCUGGAAAGGACAGCCCCAAAUCGCAGCCGAGGAAGCGGACGUUGUCCGUGUCAUCGGAGGACGACUGCAGCGCCGGAGAGGACUCGGGCGACUGCUAUUGCUCUGAGCCCGGUGUACCAGAGUCCUGCAACCCGCACCAGCCUCUGAACUUCUCCUGCCUCGGUGCCACAAAGGGACUUCUACCUGUGCAAGAUGGGAUCGACCGCCGGCCGCAUUUGACACCAUCCAUACUACCGGAUUACAAAGAGGAGCAGGAGCGAGCGUGUAGCCAAAUGUCUCCAGUUUCUGAAGAGAGACAACGUGAUGGCCCGGACAAACAGAGCAGCUCCGCCAAGAAGAAGACGCGCACCGUCUUCUCUCGGAGUCAGGUUUAUCAGCUCGAGUCCACGUUCGAUAUGAAACGCUAUUUGAGCAGCUCCGAGAGAGCCUGUCUCGCUUCCAGCCUGCAGUUAACGGAGACACAAGUGAAAACGUGGUUUCAGAACCGGCGUAACAAAUGGAAACGUCAGCUCUCUGCGGAACUGGAAGCUGCGAACAUGGCGCACGCAUCGGCGCAGACUUUGGUUGGGAUGCCUCUCGUUUUCAGAGAAAAUUCGUUGCUCCGAGUGCCGGUUCCGAGGUCCUUCGCUUUUCCUACCCCACUGUAUUACCCUGGAAGUAAUUUACCAGCUUUACCAUUAUACAAUCUUUACAAUAAGAUUGAAUAUUAACUUUUGCGCACAACGAAAAUUCCUUGCUAAAGGAUGACACAUUAUU